GUUCUGUGAUUCUACUUAAACCAGUCGGCGGCGUGUGUGUUGCACUUGCAUUUAAUUUGUACUCAAUAAUUUUAAUAUUUAUUAUUGAACUAAAUCACAGAAAAUGGCUUCAAUCAGCUUGUUAAACCCAAAGGCUGAAUUUGCCCGUGCCGCUCAGGCGUUGGCCAUUAACAUCAGUGCGGCGAAAGGUUUGCAAGAUGUGAUGCGCACCAAUUUGGGACCUAAAGGAACCGUCAAAAUGUUGGUCUCUGGUGCCGGUGACAUCAAAAUCACGAAGGACGGCAAUGUGCUGCUGCAUGACAUGCAAAUCCAGCAUCCCACUGCUUCGAUGAUUGCACGUGCCAGCACCGCACAGGAUGAUUCCACUGGCGAUGGCACCACGACAACAGUGCUACUAAUUGGCGAGUUGCUGAAGCAGGCGGACAUCUAUUUGUCGGAGGGUUUGCAUCCUCGCAUCAUGACUGAGGGCUUUGAAAAGGCACGCGACAAGGCGCUGGAAGUGCUUGAGAAGGUUAAGCUGCCCGUCGAGAUCAACAAGAAGAACCUAAUGGAAAUUGCCAACACCAGCUUGAGGACCAAGGUGCAUCCUCAGUUAGCCGACUUGUUGACCGAAGUGUGUGUGGAUGCUGUGCUGUGCAUUGCCAAUGAGAAGCAGCAGCCCGUCGAUUUGCACAUGGUCGAGUUGAUGGAGAUGCAGCACAAGACGGACACAGAUACGCAGCUGGUACGUGGCUUGGUCAUGGAUCAUGGUGCUCGUCAUCCCGAUAUGCCCAAGCGUCUGGAGAAUGCGUACAUUCUGACUGCCAACGUUUCACUCGAAUACGAGAAGGCUGAAGUCAACUCCGGAUUCUUCUACAAGACAGCCACAGAGCGCGAAGCGUUUGUGCGUGCCGAGCGCGAUUUCAUCGAUCAGCGUGUCAAGAAGGUCAUCGAACUGAAGCGUGCUGUCUGCGAUGGCACCGACAAGUCGUUUGUUCUGAUCAACCAGAAGGGCAUUGAUCCCAUCUCGCUGGACGCCCUGGCCAAGGAGGGCAUUCUGGCUUUGCGACGUGCCAAGCGCCGUAACAUGGAGCGUUUGGCACUCGCCUGUGGUGGCACUGCCAUGAACUCAUUCGAUGAUCUGCAGGAGGAGCAUCUGGGUUAUGCUGGGACAGUCUACGAGCAUGUGCUUGGCGAGAACAAGUUCACAUUCGUCGAGGACUGCAAAAAUCCGUUGUCUGUGACCAUUCUGAUCAAGGGACCCAACAAGCACACAAUCACCCAGAUCAAGGAUGCUAUUCGCGAUGGCUUGCGUGCGAUUAACAACACGAUCGCAGAUAAAGCUCUGGUGCCCGGCGCCGGUGCCUUUGAAGUGCGCGCCUACAAUGAAUUGGCGCAGUUCAAGGACACGAUUAAGGGCAAAGCUCGGCUGGCCGUGCAAGCUUUUGCCGAUGCUCUACUGAUCAUUCCCAAAACACUUGCCAUUAACAGCGGCUACGAUGCCCAGGACACUAUUGUUAAGCUCACGGUGGAGGAUCGUUUGAGCCCCGAACUGAUUGGUAUUGAUCUGGCCACUGGUGAGCCGAUGAAGCCAACCGAUCUGGGUGUCUACGACAAUUACAUUGUGAAGAAACAGAUCCUCAACUCGUGCUCCAUCAUUGCCAGCAAUCUGCUGCUCGUCGAUGAGGUGAUGCGUGCGGGAAUGACCAGCCUCAAGGGCUAGUUGUGUCACUAGUUUCCCCUUGCUGUCCCUUGUGUAGCGUUUAUGAGUUUCAUUUAAAAUUAACACACACAUUUAAAUUAAACAACACACACAACAGAACAAACACUACACAAUACAAAUUCUUACAUGCACCCGCUAACUACGACAACAACAACAACUCAAAUAUGAACGAUUCACGUCGUUGCUGAAUGAGAGUAAAAUGCUAACACUUAUAGCUCCAAGUAUUUCUCAACAUUAUUUUUUUGUAUCACUAAUGUUUACUUAAUACAAACCAUUGGUUUAAAAAACAAUGAAAAUACACACAACUUCAUUUCAACAUAA